GGGCCGAGGCCCGAGGGUGCCGCUUCCAAAGGGCUCAGGAAGUUGAAUGCUGAUUUCCUGCCUCGUUCUGCACCUGCUAUGAAUGGUUAAACGGCCCACGGUUAUCAUUUAUGCAUUGAACUAAAUGGCGGUAACCGGACCUCGAUGCAUCUUUUCUUGCUGACCCUUUCUGGGCAACCUCUGCAGACCGAAUAACGCGUUUUCAUUCCUGUUUGCCAAUCUCACCCACCUGCUCUCGUAAACUGUGCCCAGCGUGCCCUAGCAGCACCAUGCUCAGAUCGCAUCCUCUGAUGAUAAAUGUGGGAACGUCCGAGGGCUGCACGGUGAGGUACAGCAGAAAUAUCUAGAGGUACUUUCCUUGCAGAUAGGUUUCUGCUGGUGGCUUUCCAGCCUUCAAGAAUACAUGUCACAGUGCGGUUAAUUCCUAGUGACCAAGUUCAUAAAAAGGUUCUGUGCUUGGAAGCAGGUGACUGUGAGGUGUGGAGCACCUGAUUAAAGCCCAUGGACGGUGCACAUUUCCACUACCACGUUAUCUCACUUCUCCGCUCCUGUAAUCCUAUCAGUCUGCUGACUUUCCAUUUUGUAUGCAUCUGGAAAAGCAAGGCCAGUGAUUGUUGCUUUUAAGCCAGUGCAGCUUCAUGAGUUAUUGUCUGGGUGGUCAUGGGGGAGGGGAGAUGGAGAUCCAAACUCUAGCGACUGAGACUGGAGCCAGGUCUGCACAGUUCUUUCAUGCUUCUGGGAUGAGCUGUAUGUCAGUAGCCACUGUCCAUCAGCUGCACUGUGCCUUUGGAUUGUUGUGUUACCUCACAUCCUCCUGAACUUUCCCUGGCCUUCAGUGUUGGAAGCAGGACAGAGCCAGAGAGAUGGCAAGCAGGUGCUCAGCUCCUCGCUUCUAAAACAUGAACAUCAGACAAGCACUGCGCAUAGCUGCUCUUGAGGUCCUGUUUGUUGAAGUGCUGCUGGCAAGAGGAAAUAGUGCAAAACAGUAUGUGUCAAAAAAAUGUGUUGCUGAAACAGUGAACUUCUGCAGUAAGCCCCAUAGUUGGGACUGAGGAACUUUUGCAUACAGAUCCAUGGCUUGCACUGAUGUGGGUCUGGGAGCUUUGUCGAGUUGUGAAUCCCAGACUGCUAUACCUGCCACCAACCUGCUUUGUCUGGGUCUAACAGUAAAGUAUGGCUGGAGAUCGUCCUUUCUGAAAAAGAGAGCAACGUAGUGUCCAGUUCCUGACAGCAGUAGUGGCUCUACAAUGCAGGUCAUGGUUCCUCCUCACCAAUAUGCUGAGGGCAUUGGUAACACAGCCAGGAAGUGGCACCUCCUUGUUCUGCAGUGUGCCUGAUUCACUGUGGGGCUGCAUGCAGGCAUCACAAUGUCUUCACUCAUUUGUAGAACAGGUUUUGCUAACACUUGUUUCAUGGCAUCUAAAUGCAUUCAUAUUUACUUACAAAAUACUUGAGGUGUUUGAUAUCAUAAGUUUAUAGUUCAGUGAAAGAGCUUAAGAAGAGGUUGUGAAUGAAAAGUAUUCAGUCAUUCUUUGAAAGCAGCUACUGGCCCAGAGGAAGGAAUGAUAGAUUACAGCACUACAGAUUUAAAGAAAAAAAGUUAGGGCUGAUCCUGGGAAUUAUACAAGUAAACCUUGUCUUUUUAUUCAACAAGCCAGUAAGAAUAAUUAAAAGGGGGAAAAAAUGCGAAGAAGUUAGGCUCACCAGUAUUGUUUAUACGAGUUCUGCAUUGCAGAUGAUAAUUUUUCUCUUUUCUCUUUUCCUCACAGUUAAUAUAUGAAUAAAGAGUUGGCUUUAGUCAUCCUAAUAAGGUUUCACAGUAAACCACAGCACCCAAGCAGAGUAAAAGUUCCUCGUAAUUUUCGUCUGUUGGAAGAACUUGAAGAAGGUCAAAAAGGAGUAGGUGAUGGAACAGUUAGUUGGGGCCUUGAAGACGAUGAAGAUAUGACACUCACAAGAUGGACAGGAAUGAUUAUUGGGCCUCCAAGAACAAUUUAUGAAAACAGAAUAUACAGCCUUAAAAUAGAAUGUGGGCCUAAGUAUCCAGAAGCACCUCCAUUUGUAAGAUUUGUAACAAAAAUUAAUAUGAAUGGAGUAAAUAGUUCUAAUGGAGUGGUGGAUCCCAGAGCCAUAUCAGUCCUAGCAAAAUGGCAGAAUUCUUUUAGUAUCAAAGUUGUUCUGCAAGAGCUUCGGCGUCUAAUGAUGUCUAAAGAAAAUAUGAAACUUCCUCAGCCACCUGAAGGACAAUGUUACAGCAAUUAAUUAAAAAAAAAAUCAUGCCCCUUUAUUCAAUUUAAGCUGUCUUCAUUUUCCACAGUAGUAAAUUUUCUAGAUGCAUCUUGUAGACCUCAAAAUACUGGAAAGGAAGUUCCCAUUCAAAGAAGAUUUUUCUUGAGAUACUGUAAAUGAUACUAAUUUUUUUCAUUUGAAAUAUAAGUUGUGCUAUAACAAAUAAUCCUGUCGUGUAACCACUGUCCACAUAGCUGAACUUCUGGUAUCAGGAAAAGUCGAUUUAAAUUGAUUACUGUCAAGACCAGUGUGGCACAUCUAACUUAACUGUGAAGCAUACAUCCCACAAUCACCUUGCUGUGUGUCUGGCCUGGGUUGUUUUGUUAUUUCCUUUUUCUGUCUUUUGCAAUAGUGUUGAAGCUCAGGGCUGUUUAUUAGAAUAGACACAAAGGUUUUUGCUUCCAGUAUGACACUGGGCUUAAUGGACUACUAAUGGGGAUGUGUGCUAACCUCCGUCAUCCCUCCCUUUGUGCUAUCUCUAGUAAAGGCUGAAUGUGACUGUG